AUGGAGCCUUCCACCAAACCCGGCAUUGCCAAACGAUUCGUUCGACGGUUGAAGGACCUCGGUUCCGGCAGGAAUUCAAAGUCGCAUCCCACAGUAUCUGAGUGUUCACCCCAUAAAACAAGUCCAAGACGGCCACCUAUACCACUUGCGGAGAGCCUUCCAAAUCAAUUCCCAAUAGCCUCUGGUGCGCCGGCAAGCGCUUCUCAUGUUACCAAUACCAGGAAUGAUUCUACUUCCCAUGAUGGCAAUGACGAUCGUGCGUCGACAUCUUCGAAGAACUACGAAGCUAUUACUCAUCGUGAAAACCCACCAUCCAACGAUGAAACUCAUACUGAUGCGGCCAAUGUUACAUCGAUAUCACAAAAACCAGUUUCUCAGAUUAAGGACACCCAUAGCCAGGAAGAAGUAGAGCCCAUUCAAGCUGAUGCACAGAUCACGCCUACUUUGCCUCAGACCUCAUCAGCAACACCAGGCAAUGGGAUUAGUCUUUUGAGAAUGCCCGGGGCUAGAGAAGCGAAAACGUGGGAUGAGGCACGUUUGAAGUUCGAGAAAGAGCAUGAAGCUGAGUGGAAGUUCCUGAACGAUAGGUUGACAGAACUCACUACUAGCGAUUGGAGUUCGAAGUUCAUCACCGCCGAUCUCGAUUUGCCUCAAUGUAUCCAGCAAAAUUCCACCUCAAAAGAAGUCGUACAUCGUAUGCGGCGAUGGUUACCAAGCUUAGCUUCUGUCAAAAGCGUCGUCAUGCCUAUAGCAGCCCUCGACCCUCACAAGAUUGCACCCAUAUGUUGUGCAAUCGUAUUCAGUACCACUGAGCUUUUUGUCAACGGUCCGGAUCCAGAAUUUCGAACCAAAGCCUUAGACGCUUAUUUCGUAGCCGCAAAUACUAUCAGUGAGUGGAUCUCCUACGAAACGACAUCGAUACCAGAGCCCACAGAAGGAGUCAAGGAGCUAGAAAAAGAGCUUUCUACCGUGUAUGUCAUGGCAUUACGCCUCAUGCAUGAUAUUCAACAUGCUACAUACGGAUUCCAGGCCGACUCUAAGCUUGGAAGAUUCAAAGCGAAAGCUGCCACAACGUUCAAGAACCCUACUGUUGUAUGGGAUGAUAUGGUCAAGGACAUCGAGAGAGUUCGAGAUACCUUGUCUCGAAGAAGAAAGGGAAUCGAAGAAGAGGAAGCUUUGGGGGACAAAGUGGCUAAGAUUCUCGAAUGGAUCAAGCAAAAGGAUGAUCCAGAACAAUCAAUGAGUAAGAUCGAAACUGAGGUCACAUCUGAGGGACGAUCAGACAACUAUGCGCAAUGGUUCCUUAACCUGCAGGUAUACAGGGCCUGGUCCGAAGGUUUCCGCAAACGUGAAGACAUGGAGACACAAUCCGAACCGGUCUCACCCCGUGUCCUUUGGAUUAGAGGUUUUUAUGGCACAGGAAAAACAACGAUCGCUUGUCGAACCUUGUUGGAUCUACAAGCACUUGAAGCCUUACAAACUCCGGAUGAACCGUUCCGAGUUAUUCCCUACUUCUGCUCCGCUCGAGGUACCAAGAGGCCCGAUUGCGAGACAAUCAUCCGGUCACUUAUUAGGAAGUUAUCAUGGAAAUCAGACUAUUCGGUUUCUGAACCCGCGCGUUCGCUUUAUAUCAAGUGCACCAAAGGAUUGAAGGAUGACCCAUCGACCAAAGACUGGCAGCGAGUAUUGGUCGACGUCAUUCAGGAAUAUGGAAAGACAGCGAGACUCGUAUUUCUCGUUGAUGCACUCGACGAGGUUGCCGACAUUGAACAGUGGGGAGAUCUUCUUAGGUGUAUGCGGGAAGUUACAAAUGAGUGUCACAACGUGUAUCUGAUCUGUACGUCACAUAUUCAGGUUGUAGUGGAUGAAUAUUUCGAUAAAUCGAUUCUGCUACAGUAUAAGGUAAAGCAAAGCGACACGAAGAAGGACAUGGAAACCUUUAUUGACACGGAGAUCGCGUUCCGGAGUCUGGACCCUGGCUCACGAUCGUCCAUCUUCUUUAAAACAGGCCAUAAAGCGCUCGAAAACAAGAUGCGGCAGCUUCUGUCAGACCGGGCAGGGGGCAUGUUUGUCUGGGUCAGGGUUUGGCUUCAGAUCUUACUACCUACACACAAUCGACAAAAGACCGUCUUUACCGUGAGCCGUGCCCAAAAGCUGCUCACUGAGUUGGAUGCCUCAAAGAACAAUACCCAAGACGAGCAGCUCAGAACAGCCUAUCAACGCCUCUGGGAUCAAAACGAAUACGAUGACUUUGUCGAGACAAGGCGAGACCUUUUCCGCUUUGUUCUUUGUUGGCUUACGCCAUUGUCAAUCCAAGAUGUGACGAAGAUGCUGCGGGCCGGCUCUGAUCACAAAGGCCUAACCGAGGAGUGGGUAGGCACUCUAGGAGCAGAUUUCCUUACCAUCGACACUGGAAGCAUUAUCACAUUCGUCCACGACUCUGCAAGGCACUUUAUUCUUCAUCUUGCUGAGGAUGGCCAACAAAGUCCUAGUACGGCACAACAGUUCUUGUUCCAGAGUCAAAAGAAUCAUCGUCAGGCAAUGAGGCUAUUCAACACGUUGUUCGGGCCACCUGGGCGGUCGUUUCUUGAUGAUGAAUUCAUUCAUACACUUGGAUGGUAUUUUCAACGCUAUUUGCCACGGCACUGCGAGCUGGCUGCACUUGAUCCCCUCGUUGUUGAUAGACCAUGGGAAGUUUUAUUCGAUGAAACGAGCAGCGCGUUUCAAGCAUGGCUUAUCUCUGGACGACCGUGCGAGAUAAAACUUGUCAGAGGGAGAACAUCUUGGCGAUAUGAAGUGCCUCUCGAGAUCAUCCAAGAUAUCGGCGUCUCCAGCAAAGCAGCAUGGCUUGGCUACCCCUGGCGUCGGCAUCCUCCUGACGGAUGUUUUGAGACCCUGGAAAGACAUCGACGAGACUGGAGCGAGCAAGAACGCUAUCUAGAACGCAGACUCGAAGGCUCACUAAGCCCUAGCGCUUUGGCGUUAGCGAUGACAGACGGUCGAGCCAACGCAGUAUCCUUUUUACUCCAUGGUGUCUAUCAUCUGCAUGGUCCGAGAGCUGUUCUAAACCUGAUUUCCUCUUUCUGCAAACUCGCAGAGUCUUCUCAGCAGGCCUGGGAGGUUUUCGCACGAAGAAUGAAUCAUGCGCAGUACCCUAGGCAAAUUUUGCGGAAAACACUUGGACAAGAGAUAGCUUCCGAGAUGCUAAUGCAUUUUACUAUUCGAUGCGGGUCGAGUGCUGAAGACGCCGCGAAAGCGAACGCUGUGCGAGAAGAGCUAAUAGGUUUGUGGCAAAUCAAGUGGAGCGUGGAAGACAAGACAGAACCAUCUCCUCCCACUGUUCCAACUCUGCCCUCAUCUUCAAAGAGUUCGGUUCGCGCGUACUCAUUGACGUCGAUGACGGAGCAAGUCUCUGACUGA